CUGUUUUCAAGCUGUCACUACUAGUUUUUAUUUUUAUUUCCUAAUGCAAUUAUUUUCUUGAUAGAUUAUUAUGGUUAAGUUCUUCCAGGUUGUGUUGUUAGUUACAUAAGGUUAUAGACCAUGCACUUUUCUAUUCCUGAUACUCAAGAGUGUACUGAAGAUAAUGGAACAGCAUAUACUGGCUACAAUAUACAUAUCAAUGGUGAAUAUCAUUGUACAGUGCGGUACAAACAACUUCAUAAUUUACAUGAACAAUUGAAGAAAUAUCAUGAUUCCGAUGAUUUUCCAGUAUUUCCCCCUAAGAAAUUUUGGCCCCUCACAGUGGCUCAAAUUGAAGAGCGCAGAUAUCUGUUGGAAAAAUAUAUUCAAACUGUUGGACAGAAUCCUCUGAUAUUGAAUGCCGAAUUAUUCAAUGCUUUUCUCCUCACUGCUCAGCAAGAAUCUUCUGGGACACCUGCUCACGAUGUUAUUUUAAAUGUUUUUCUUAUGAAUGGUUACAAAGUUGAAGUUGAUGCUAGCUCAAAUGAACGAACGUACUCAGUUCUAGAAAAAGUAUGCAAUCAAAUAAAUUUACCCAGCAUGUAUGUUUAUUAUUUUUCAUUAUUCUUAAUUCAAAGAGAAGAAAAUGGUGACUUAGUUAUUAUUCGAAAACUGCAAGAUUUCGAAUCUCCAUACAUAUCUCAAAAAAAUAUAAAAGGCAAUCAUAGAAUUAUGUUGAGGAAAAGUUAUUGGGAUAUUGAUUAUGAUUUAGAAUUAAUGCUAGAUUCCGCAGCACUCAAUGUAAUAUAUGUACAAACCAUUUCUGACAUCGAAAGAGGAUGGAUUGUGUGUAAUAGAGGAGUAAGAGAACAAUUGGCUACACUACAAGCCAGGGGAGCAAAGAAAGAGUAUAUAGAGUUAGCUAGGACUCUUAAAUAUUAUGGCUACAUUCAGUUCAAACCGUGUGUAUGUGAUUACCCAGUUCCGGGUUCAAAAGUCAUAAUUAGUGCUGGAGAUAAGGAGCUGAAUCUUAGAGUAGAAAUUCCUGGUGGUGAAAUCAAGGAGGGCUCUUUUAAAGUGACCAGGAUGCGAUGCUGGAGGAUAACAACCCAUAAUGAUAUAAUUGACAAUGGUGAAGAGACCGUCCUUCGUAAGGAUCCUGUGAUGGAUCUUUCAUUUGAAUAUCUAAUGGCAAAAGAAAAAUUACAAUGGAUUACUGUUACUAGCGAGCAAGCUAUUUUGAUGUCGGUUUGCCUCCAGUCGAUCGUGGAUGAACUGAUGCUGAAGAAAACUGGAGCAAGAAUGAAGGAGCCACAUGACUACAGAGGAGGUACAUUCUGCUACAUGAAACGAGAUGGCAGCAGCCUUAUCAUUACUGUCAGUCAAUCAAGUUCAACUGAUACUCUUUCCAGCACCUCGAAUGGAACAAGCAGAUCUCCUCUCAGAAGUGAACCAACUAUUUCUAUGAGAAAGCUGUCUGAAAAACUCAGCAGCCUUACUGGAAAAUCCAGUAAGAGCCAACCUUUAGUUGAAAACGAUGCAUUUGAAGGAAUUGGAGACGAUGAUUUAUAGUACAAUUUUUUACAUUAUUUAAAAUAUUUCCUCAAAGAUAUAUUUUUAUUGGUGCUAAUAUGUGGAUUGUGAACUGGCAGCAAUCAACGUAUAAAAGUGUAUAUAUAAAUAUUAUUAUCAUAAUAUUAUUAUUAUUGAAAUCAAGAUUAUAACAAUCAAUUUUAAGUAUUUUUGAAAAUUUUCAAAAAUUGUUUUUGAAAAUUAAAUUUUGUAAUAUGUACCUAUAUAUAUUUUGAAACUAACUGCCCAAUAUACAUAUGUUGAUUAAUUCUUCGAAGGAAAAGGUUUCUUAGUUGAAAUAAUUGUUUUAACUAUUCAAUUUAAGAUAACUAUUUAAACUAUUAGGUGAAAAAACAUACGUCAUUGUACCUGUUUGAUGUUAACGUGGUAACAUAUAUUAUUGUGAUUUAUAUUUAUAGAUAUAAAUUGUCCAUCUAGAUCUUACUCUGUAUAAUACUCUUAAAGGUUCCAAUACUUCAAUGGAUGCAAGUGCGAAAUAGGGUAUUUAUUGUAAUGGUUGUCUAAACCGAAAUUCCUGAUUGUUCCUAAUACUUUUUGUAGAUUAUAGUAGUUCCUAUAACUGUGGGCUGUUAAAUAAUUAAUUUUUUCUUUCUAAGAAUCUUCCUCUAUGAAAGUUAUUUGUCGAAACAGGCGUUCAUUAUUAUGAUCUCUCUCUCAUGUUCUUUUAUUAAUUUUCAUUCUUUAAAAUUUAUUUAUUAUAUCAUGGGCUACAAUAAAUCCAUAACUGUUCCAUAUCAUCCCUAGAAUGGACUAAAGUGGUUGAAUCUUGAAGUAAAUGUUUCUUUCCAUCUUUUUGUUCUCGAAGGAAUAUAAAUUUUACUUUCAUUUCCUCUUAUAUACAAAUAAGUUAAAAAUUGUUUUGGUCAGAAUUCUCUUAAUUUGAUUAAUCGAGUUAAUUAAACUAUUAUUUAACAUUAAUUUUUAUAAGGCAUGUUUAUUUCUGUUUGUGAUUUUUCUUGUGAUAUUCAUACUCUUCGUUCACCUUUUAUCAUAAGUUGUAAUUAAGUAGCCUCUUGAAGUAAAGGAAAGCAAUCUGGUCUUGGUAAUAGAGUUUAAAUGACUUUAUACACACACUUUUUGCUCUUUCUUACAGAAAAAAUAAGAUCUCAGAACAAAAAAAAAUAUUACAUUGAACAUUUUAAAUAAUAAAAACAAUUGAUUAUUGUUUAUAGAGCCUCUGAAUCUUUAUUACUCACUUUUAUUACUUCAUUCCACCUCAAAUAGCAGUCCAUGAUUGUCAACGACAUUUUACAUAUUUUUUUUUAUGAAUUCUUUCCAAUGGAAUGGUGAUCAUUCUCUUCUCUUUAGCUAUUCAAGUCAAAAACAAAGAACACUUUUUUUUUUAGAGAACUCUGAGCUCUUCAAUCUGCGAGUUCUCUUUUCCAUGAUAAUUGUUAGUAAAAUUGACAAAAGCCUGAAUUCUUCAUUUUUUCUAUUGUAUCCUUGUUCUGUUCAUUAAUGUCUUAUGGGGCCCAAUUCUCAAUACUAUAUUUUUACCUUUUCACACUUAUUUGCCUUUUAGUCAAUUUAAUUAAUAUUUUUUUUUUUAAACUUAUUUAUUGAAAAAUAUUACAAUCUGUCUCUAGGACAUUUAUAAUAGAGUUCACAGAUCACAUUCACACUCUAUGUACAAUAAAUAAAACAAAUUAUACAGAAAAAUAAUAUAUAUACAAUAAAUAAGAAUAAAAUAACCUAAAAACAAAUAAAUAAAAAGAACACAUACACACUUAUAUACAAUAUUUACAAUUUGGCAAGAGAACUCCUAACCAAACUUGUCCCUCCAACUGUGGAGGGAAAAGUAUGACUCCAGGAGUUCCCUGCACUCCUCUAUAAACCGCGUCAGUAGGGCUAAACCCAGUGGAGAGUUAAUUAAUAAUUAAAAUAAAAUAAAAUAAUUAAAUUAGUUUUUGAUCACUAUUUAUUAUUGUACGUUUCGGGGAAUCCCUGUCCCCCCUCUUCAGCAAUAUUGUUUGCUGCUAAAAUUAGGUAAGUCGCAGAAUUUAAUAAGCUUGGUCGAUGGCUAUUAUCCAACGUUUAAAUUCAAUUAACUUUUAAAAAAAGUUAUUUUUUUUGUUGGAUAAUGACCAAAAGGCAAAUAAGUGUGAAAAGAUAUUUAGAAUUAAGAUCAAAAUUGAAAGAUAAAAAAUCGAGUAUACUAUAUUUUUAAGUAACGUUAAUAUGGAUCUUAGGUUUAUAUGUUGUUUUGUUAAUGAUUGUUUCAUAAGAUGCACUUAAACGGUCCAUCCUUGCCAUACAUAUAUCAAUAAAAAGUUUUUAUUAAACCAUUGCAAAAGUUCGUAUGUUUCAAUUUUUUGAUGAGGCCAAGGAUAUUUUUUUUUUUAUUUCAUUCUGAUGGAGCGUCGUACUAUGCUUUGACAGUAAGGAUGUUUUUAUGCUUGGACAACAGGGUAUUAUAAAAAAGGAGCCAUGUUGAUAAUUAUUUCUUAAAUGAAAAAAAAAAAUUUUGACAGUUCUUUGUGUCAUAUUCGUUCACUGUGCAUCCAUUGUUGUCAAUACCUUUAUUCUUUAAAUUUUAAGAAAAGGACUUUAGAAACUAUGUGCCAAUCUCUCUUUAUAUUUUUUAUUUUUAAUAUGAAUUUUCUUUUUAUAUAAUUUUUUUUCAAAUAAAUAAUUGAAUGUAAUUUUUUUACACUUUAUAUCAAUCAAUCGAUAUUUUUACAAUAUUGUUAAAAAGUGGAGUACAAUAUCUAUACUGUUUAAUGUGAUAAUCAGUUAUGAAAAUGUUAUCUAUUAGUAAUAAUUUUUUUAAUGACAAUAUAAAUUUGGAUAUGAGAAAUCUAUAUGUUAUUGUUCUUAUUCUUAUUGUUUAUUUUUGUUUAUAUUAUUUCAUCUAUGCUUGUUUACAAUGCUCUCUAUAAAUGUUAAAACUCAGGUUUAUUAGGACUGAAUUUAAUGAAUACAUAUAAUUGCAGAACUUUUCAGGCAAUAAUGUUAUUCUUCCAUAUCGCAUUCCAUUUUUAAAACUUGGAAUCACUACAAAGUGUUGUCCAUUUUAUAAAUUGUUUAAAUCUAGUUUUUAAUACAAAUAUUAUAUUGA